AAGUGUAUCCUUCAGUUCUUCACUGACAGAUAUGAUCACAAUAAUCUACAAAGAAAGGAAAGGAAUAAAUUUCAAGGGAGCUCCUGGCUCAGCUUUAAAGAACUUUCGGCUGUUUGUACUAUCUUAAGCAGCUGUCAGGCAUAUGUACUCUGGCUACCUUUGUUCAUGGCGCAGAGCAUAGUAUAAGUCUAUGAACUUUGAUGAAGGGCGUUCAUCAUCUCUAGCUAGUUGCAGCAGACCAAGUACAAAAUGUCUCAUCUGAACAUCCUGUCCUUCAAGUACAAUAUAGCCAAGCUGCGGUUCAGGGCCGGCCGGCCAACGGGACGGCUACUGUCCGCCAGGGACCGGCAGUUCUCCGACCUGAGCACCUACAAGCCUGACGACGAGGAUAUGAAGAAGGUAUUCAACAUGAUCGCGAGCCAGCCCGGCCGGAUCUCCAAGAAGGACCUUCAGGUGAUCCUGGAGAGGCUCGGGAAGGCCGACGCCGCCAACGAGGCGCGGCGGAUGAUGUGCGUCGCCGACCACAACAAGGACGGCUACAUGGACCUGGAGGAGUUCAUGGAGGUGCACAAGAACGGCGUGCAGCUGGGGGACAUACGGAGGGCGUUCUUUGUCUUCGACAGGGACAAGGACGGCAGGAUCAGCGCCGAGGAGGUCAUGGCGGUGCUGCGCAACCUCGGGGACAGCUGCAGCCUGGAGGACUGCCGGAAGAUGGUGAGGGAGGUUGACAGGAACGGCGAUGGCUUCGUGGACAUGGAUGAAUUCAUGUCCAUGAUGACUCGCCCACGGAGGAAGCCGUGAAGCGCGGACUUUGAGCUUCCAAUAGCAUCCUGAUGUAAAUAUACAAUGCAAUCACAUCUACGAUGUAUUAUGCUACUUGGAAUAAAUUGAUCAGCAUCAGAAAAUGUAGCUGUAGCGAAAAUAAUCUUAUUAUAUUAUAAUUAUGGUUUUCAUAAU